UUCGUGGCUCCUGUUGUCGCAGCAGUGUGUCUGACUGAUGUUUAGGACCCAAAACUUAAAGUUAUCAAUGAAUAUUUAAAUAUUGCGACUUUAACAAAGAGGAGGAUCUUCUGCUUCACGUGUUCCAGAGAUGAAGCUCAACAUAGAUGGUCUGUUGGUCUACUUUCCAUAUGACUACAUUUAUCCUGAGCAGUACUCGUACAUGCUGGAGCUGAAGAGGACUCUGGAUGCGAAGGGUCAUGGAGUCCUGGAGAUGCCUUCAGGAACAGGGAAGACCAUCUCUCUGCUGUCUCUCAUCGUAGCCUAUCAAAAGGUGUUUCCCCUGGAGGUGACAAAGCUGAUCUACUGCUCGAGAACGGUCCCUGAGAUUGAGAAGGUCGUGGAGGAGCUGAGGAAGUUGAUGGAGUUUUAUUCCAAGCAAACUGGACAGAGCAACAACUUCCUGGCUCUGGCGCUCUCCUCCAGGAAAAACCUCUGCAUCCACCCGGAGGUGAGCGCUCUUCGCUUCGGUAAGGAGGUUGAUGGGAAGUGCCACAGUCUGACAGCAUCGUACAUUCGAGCGCAGCGCCACAGCAACCCUGACCAGCCUGUGUGUCGCUUCUACGAGGAGUUUGAUGCUGUGGGCCGACAGGUUCCUCUUCCUGCUGGCAUCUACAACCUGGACGACCUGAAGGACUUUGGCAGGAGGAAAGGCUGGUGUCCGUACUACAUGGCCCGUUACGCAAUCCUGCACGCUAACAUUGUGGUGUACAGCUAUCACUACCUGCUGGACCCUAAGAUCGCCGACAUGGUGUCCAAAGAGCUGUCCAAGAAGUCAGUGGUGGUGUUUGACGAGGCUCAUAACAUAGACAAUGUGUGCAUCGACGCCAUGAGUGUGAACAUCACCAGACGCACACUCGACCGCUGCCAGACCAACGUGGACACGCUUCAGACCACCAUACAAAAGAUAAAAGAGACAGACUCUGCUAAACUGAAGGAGGAGUACAGCCGGUUGGUGGAGGGGCUGAAGGAAGCCAAUGUUGCCAGGGAAACAGACGUCUACCUCUCGAACCCUGUGUUACCAGAUGAAAUUCUCAAAGAGGCCGUCCCCGGCACGAUCCGUACAGCGGAGCACUUUGUUGGGUUCCUGAGGCGUUUCCUGGAGUACCUGAAGUCCCGCCUGAGGGUCCAGCAUGUGGUGCAGGAGAGCGCCCCGCAGUUCCUCAAAGACAUUUUUGAGAAAGUCUGCAUCGACCGCAAACCGCUAAGGUUCUGUGCGGAGCGAUUGCAGUCGUUACUACGAACUCUGGAGAUCGCAGACAUAGCAGACUUCUCAGCUGUUACUCUCAUCUCCAGCUUUGCAACUCUGGUCAGCACCUACAGCCAAGGUUUUACCAUCAUCAUCGAGCCUUUUGAAGACAGAACUCCGACCAUCGCCAACCCCGUGCUGCACUUCAGCUGCAUGGAUCCGUCUAUAGCCAUCAAACCUGUUUUUCAAAGGUUUCAGUCAGUUGUCAUAACCUCGGGGACUCUCUCUCCGCUCGACAUCUAUCCCAAAAUCCUCGACUUCCGCCCGGUUACCAUGGCGUCCUUCACCAUGACGCUGGCCCGGACCUGCCUCUGUCCUCUGAUUGUCGGCAGAGGAAACGAUCAGGUGGCACUCAGCUCAAAGUUUGAGACCAGAGAAGACUUUGCUGUGAUCCGUAACUACGGCAACCUUCUCCUCGAGAUGUCUGCAAUCGUUCCUGAUGGCAUCGUUGCGUUUUUCACCAGCUACGUGUACAUGGAGAACAUCGUGGCGUCUUGGUAUGAACAGGGUAUCUUGGAGAAUAUUCAGAGAAACAAACUGAUCUUCAUUGAGACUCCGGACGCUGCAGAGACCAGCAUGGCCCUGGAGAAAUACCAGGAGGCGUGUGAGAACGGCAGAGGAGCCAUCCUCCUGUCGGUGGCCAGAGGAAAGGUUUCUGAAGGAAUAGAUUUUGUUCAUCACUUUGGCCGAGCAGUCAUCAUGUUUGGAGUGCCUUAUGUUUACACCCAGAGCCGCAUCCUGAAGGCUCGUCUGGAGUACCUUCGGGAUCAGUUUCAGAUCAGAGAAAAUGACUUCCUGACGUUUGAUGCCAUGCGGCACGCUGCCCAGUGCGUGGGCAGAGCCAUCAGAGGCAAGACCGACUAUGGACUGAUGAUUUUUGCUGACAAGCGUUAUGCGCGAGCGGACAAACGGGGGAAGCUUCCUCGCUGGAUCCAGGAGCACAUUAACGACGGCAGUCUGAACCUCACCGUGGACGAAACCGUCCAGCUCUCCAAGCACUUCCUGCGCCAGAUGGCUCAGCCUUUCAGACAGGAGGACCAGUUGGGUCUGUCUCUGCUGACUCUGGAGCAGCUGGAGUCGGAGGAGAUGCUGCAGAAAAUCUCUCAGAUCGCUCAUCAGACAUGAAGGUGUCACGCACUGCACAAAAUGUCAUCACCAUAGCAACACCCAGACGAUGUGAUUGGCAGAGUAUCCGACGUGCAUAGAAUCACCAUGAAGAAAGUGUUUGGUUUUUGAAAGCUGCCAUUCGCUGUCAAGUAAUUAAAGCGUUUAAGAUAUUCAGUUACACUGGAAUAUGAACACCAAAGCUUACACACACACACACACACACACACACACACACACACACACACACACACACACACACACACACUCUGCUGGUGUUGUAAUUAUUUACACAUCAGCUUCAGAAACGAACACAUGAAAGAACUGUAGCCAGGUCUGUGCUAGAAAUAAAAUCAAUCCACCUGCAGUUAGUGACUGAAUUACAGCCUAAAAUCACGUUUUCUUUUUAACUGGUCAGCACAUAAUUCUGUUUAUGUACAUGUAUAACCCCUACAUGAUGCAUCAAACAAGUAAAGCAGUGAUAGAAUGACAUCUUAGAACAAUUUAAUACUGUUACAUCCUGUUGUAAAUCUGCUUAGUUUGCCCCCUCGAGUGAAAAGAGAGCAGCGGUGGUUUAGGACAAAACAGUUGAUUUAAUUUGUCCACACAGCGUUACAUGAGUGUGCAGGAUUUUGAACUCUAACAUUUUGUAUUUUCAAUGUUUCUAUUCAGUAUUAAAACUUGCUCUCAGAUAUACUGACAGGAGAGAUCCUAAAUAAAACAAAACUCCAACAUAUGAUGUGCAGUUUAAAAGCACAUUAAGAGUUCUGCAAAUUUGUGGGGCAAAAAAUCAGUUUUUCUCUUCAGAUGCAAACGUUAUUGCGUUAUGUGGUGCUAUUUACAUAAGUAAUAUGUUUUGUUUGAAACAAGAUGUAAGCAGUGGUCUGUGGGUCAAUAACAACAGAAAUGUUAUUCCAUCUGUGGGUGUAACAUCAGUGCGUGUUUCGUCUGUCAUACAGGCAAGACUACUUUUAGUUUUCUUUGCUUCUGCAGCUGUAAAAAGAUUUUAUACUGAGCAUGACUAUUUGUGUAUCUGCUUAUCAACAAAGGAGUUUGAAUGUACAUGUUUGUAUUAAGCUUUUGACUUGAGUUUUUUGUUGUCUGGAACUGGAGGCUUUUCAAUACUAACACUAAAGUCUAAGACCUGAACUCAAACAUAACAUCACAUAUUAAAGGUGACAUAUUCUCCUC